AUGGCUUCGUUAAUUGGCCUCCAUUUUGGACAAUGUGGCAAUCAAAUCGGAUUUGAUUUCUGGAAAACUCUAUCAAAUGAGCACGGAUUGACAUCAAAUGGGGUCGCACGGGAAUCGCCGACGGGAGGACAAAGAAAUGAUCGAUUGGAUGUCUUCUUUAGUGAAGGAGACCAAGAAAAGUACAUUCCCCGGGCGGUGAUGGUCGAUUUGGAGCCCCGAGUGAUCAACGGAAUCUUUCAAAGUGAUUACGCGGAUUUCUUCAAAAAAACAAGCUCGUUUAUGAGUGCGGAUGGUGGUGGUGCCGGGAACAAUUGGGCGAGCGGAUACGCACAAGGACAAAAAGUCUCUGAAGAUGUACUGGAGUUGAUUCGACUAGAAGCAGAACGGGCGGAUGAUCUUGAGGGUUUUAUGGUCACGCACUCGGUCUCUGGUGGUACAGGCUCGGGACUGGGAUCAUUUUUCAUCGAAAAGAUUCGUUCCGAAUACCCUAAGAAAGUGAUACAAACGUAUUCGGUAUUUGCAAAUCAAGCCGGUGGCACAAGUGAUGUGAUCGUCAGCCCGUACAAUUCAAUCUUGACCCUUGCAAGACUAAUUCAAGAAGCAGAUGGUGUGGUUAUCCUUGACAAUACAGCUCUUCAUCAUAUUGCGGGCAGUCACCUUAGAGCCACCUCUUCAAACAAAUUUGAUCACAUCAAUUAUUUGGUUUCCCGGAUCAUGUCGAUGUCUACAGCAACAAUUCGUUUCCCUGCUCCACUCUUCUCGCGAAUGACCUCUAUGUUAGCCACGUUGAUCCCGUUUGCCCCUCUGCGUUUCUUACAAACAUCAAUGCACCCAGUGGUCGACCCAAGAGACGCAAUGGAUUAUAAUGGAAAGACAAAUAUCAACAACGUUCUACGUCAACUAUUGAGGCCAAUAAAUCUUAUGAUUUCUCGUCCCGAUCACAUGUCACGCUCGUAUCAAAACCUUGCCAAAUCGAAGGGAGUGAUGUUGUCGGGAUUGGCCAUAAUGCAAGGACGAAUAAACAAUGAGGACUUCUUUAACACGACCACAGCAGCACAAGCCAUGAUGCGUGACGAGAUCCAGAAGCCAGCGUGGAUGGACCACAAUCCAAUGCACUUCUGCCGAGCCCCACUCUCGCCUUUCGUGGAAACGAAAGUCAAUGUCUCUGGGAUGAUGCUGGCAAAUCAUACGUCGGCGGUGACUCUUCUCUCACACACACUCCAUCAAUACUCGGCAAUGCGGUCAAAGAACGCCUACAUUGAUCGAUUCAAGAACGAGGACGGAUUUCAUUUGGAUGAAAUGGAUCAAUCAGCAGAACUCGUCAACGACAUUAUUGAAGAGUACAAAAAUAUCGAGAAUCCCGAAUUCUUUCAGCCACAA